AUGGCGAUGAUGAUGACUGGCCGUGUGCUGCUGGUGUGUGCCCUCUGCGUGCUGUGGUGCGGUGCCGGCGGGGUUGAUGCGAGUAAUCUCGAGAACAACGCAGUUGGCGGCUGCAUGGCGUCGGGAGUGUUGAAUACGAAUAAAUCGUACACGCCGAGCGGAUGUGACAAAACUGCGCUGACGCUGCCUUUACGAUCUGUCGUGUCCAUCACUGCCGUUGAAGCUUCGACUGACCCAUUGGUGAGUGGUACAGCAGAAAAUAAAUCGGAUUUAGCUCCAACUUCAGGUGCUGAUUUCGGUGGUGCCGGUUCUCCUCCUGGUCGCGGAGGUGAGGGUGGAGGCGGUAGAAACGACGAUGCUGGCGGUCCUGGUGGCGUUGGGGGUGCCAGUGGCAGUCAAGCUCGUGGCAGGAAAGCUUCUGGUGGCGGUGGUGGUGGUGGCUCAAAUGGAGGUUCUAAAGCACAUUUUGGUGGCUCUUUGAAGUCCCCUGCUUCGGAUGUCAAGUCCCCAUCUCCUGUUCUCGGUGAUGGUGGCAGUUCUCCUGGGGCUCCUACAGGAAGUGCAGGUUCUGACGGAAGCAAAGGUUUCAUUUUGGGCUCCUUUUCUUCUGGUGGUCGCAGUCAACCUGAUGUUGGCAGUCCAGGUGGUGAUGCAUCUUUGAGCGCUCCUGUUGCUGGUGGUAAUUCCCCACCCUCCAUCACCGACGAGAGUGAUGCCUUGGAGAAAACCGGCGCUGCGGCAUCCACAAAGGGAAGGAAACCUCAAGAAGCAGGUGAGCAGUCAGAAGCAAAUCGUGCACGGAACGAAUUGCCCAAAUUGUCGGCACCAGCGGAGUCAACACCCGAAGCACAAGAAGACUCUCCCAGUAAACAAGAAAAACCAGAAAGUGAAGCUGCUGGUAGGGCUGCAACUGGAGACGAGAAACGGCGGAGUGACGCGGAGGCACAAGGUCCUUCCACCGUGAUUUCCACCGCCAGCAGCCCGCCACUACCACCGCCAGCGCCAGCAACGGUAAGAGAAGAACGAGCAACAGCAGUGGCAGUUCCGGCAGGAGGAAGCCCAACAGCACAAACAGACUCGCAAACUUUGACAGAAGAAAGGACAAAAACGCCACCGUCACCAAACAAAAAGGAGCCUGAAGAGACGGAGCCUACUUCUGGAGAUGGUGUGGCAGAGCAACAGGGUCAAGGCACUGUUUUAACGGAUCUGAAGGGUGAACCUACCGGCAGCCCGGCGGAAGUAACGGCAUCAUCCAUCUCUACAAGUGGCAGUGGUGAUGGCCAGAGUAAGGCGGAUGGGAAUGACGACAACAGCAAAGGGCCCAACCCCAGAGGGCCACACAACGACCCCGAAGCCAGUCAUACCAACGUUGCGCCCACAGCCAGUGAGACAAACCCACUGACAGCGAAAGCAGCAGCUACCGCCAGAACAGAUGGUACGGCAACGCCUGGCGACAGUGACGGCAGCACCGCGGUCUCCCACACCACCUCCCCUCUUUUGCUUCUUGUUGUUGCGUGUGCGGCUGCUGCUGCGGUGGUGGCUGCGUGA